AUGGUCAAAUGUACAGGUUCAGAACCCUUUGGAUUUAGCCUCAAGCUCAUCCCAUGGGACUCACCGGAAUCACCUUUGUACCCCGGGAACCUCACUCAGCUUCAAAAAAUUCAAAGGUUGGUUAGCUUCUCUGAAUCAAGGUCAAACUAUUUGGCAUCCAUUUCAUCUCCUCAGAUUGCUAUCAACCCUGACAACAUCCAGUUCCCGGUGCAACUCUACAACUUGCAGCAUACUGUAAGUCUCAAAAUUGGUAUUCCAAUCACAGAAGUAAACUUGCUCAUGGACACUGGCAGUGCCUCUAUUUGGACACAGUGUGCCACGUCCAAGUCCUUUUUUGCCCAGGAAAUGAGUCUUUUUGACCCAAAAAUUUCUAAGACCUAUGCAAAGCUUCCCUGCAAGCAUCCUAUCUGCAGGAAGAACCGGAAAUUUUGCAACUGCAUCACGGGGCCAUGCAUCUGCAGCUUCACCUAUGGUAAUGGAGCCUUCAGCCCCAAACGGAAGUUUAAAGUUACUCUCUCCUCGGAUACAUUUCAUAUGCCUCUCAAAAACCAAGUCUACAAACCUUUUCCCAAUAUGACAUUUGGCUGCUCAAAGGAGAAGCUUGACAAUUUUUCAGGUACACUGGGAAUGGGCAAGUCUCUGGUUUCUUUAAUAAGCCAACUGCGUCGUGAAGUUCAGGGACGCUUCUCUUACUGCUUUCACAAUGGCAAUAGCUACCUAAGAUUUGGUGAGGACAUUCCUGUAAGAGCACAAGGCCUCAAGACAACCCCAUUGGUAAAUCUAAGCCUCCCCCUUUACUAUUUAAACUUGAUUGAUAUCAGUGUUGGCACGCGACGCUUGAAAUUUUCUCGUGGUUUCUUUUCAUCUUGCACUAUAGACUCUGGAACUCCCUUCAGUGUCAUUGCUGGAAAGGCUUAUAGUCAGGUGAUUCGGGCGUUUGCAGUUUAUUAUUUUGGUAAACUUGACAAAAUUGAUGGCAAGAAAUACAAGCUAGAACUUUGUUAUAAUUUGACUCGAGGUUUUCAGGACUUUGCAAGCAUUACUUUCCAUUUUCGAGAGGCUGAUUUAGUGACAGUAAGUACUUAUAUAAUUGACCGUCAAGCCGGGUAUAUGUGUGUGGCAUUGAAACAGGGAGGAAAUCUAACAGUAUUGGGAGCAUUGCAGCAGUGGGAUAAGAGGUUUAUUUAUGAUAUUAAUGCAAAUACACUGCAGUUUUUCAGUGAGAAUUGCUCAAAAGAUAGAGGAGGAUAG